UUAUGGGAAAGAAGUUCUAGACAAGUAGUGUUAUCUGACACUCUUUGAUGACUGUAACCACUUGUUGCUGCCUAUGGCAGAAAUGGUUAAGUAAUUCAAGAUACCCUAAUUUUUUUAACCUGUCUUGUUUUAAAUAGAAAAACACUUGAUUCCAUGUCUAGAAGGAUUCUUGUAUCCCAAAGAAACCCUUGAACAUGACCACGCAUAUUAGAUAUGGGAAUGUCCCUGUUUUAAGUUGUUAUCUUGGGAGAUUUAUCUAGCAUCGAUAUUGAUGUUAAUCAGAUACUGAAUGCUCCAGUACGAUGUGAUACAGUCGGAACAGCUGGUUCGAUGCCCAGAACUGAAUGCUGUGCUCCAGCUGUGGCCUCACCGGUGCUGAAUAGAGAGGAAGAGCCACCUUCAUAGCUUACAUGUGAUUCCUCUGCUUAUCCAACCCAAUACUGGAUUUACUUACUUUGGAGCUGGAGUCAGAUGGCAGCACUAUGGAGGAGUAUUCACAGGAGGACUGGGGAAACCACAGUCAGGAUCUCCAUGGCUACCCAACAGAUCAGGAAUUGGAUGAAAUACCUGUCACAAAGAGAACAUUAAAAAUCAAACAAGAGUCUUCUGAAGAAGCACAGAAGAGAGACAUCAUGCAGAAUAUCGUCCAGAUUUUGGAAUCAGUGCAGUUGAAAUGGGAACUGUUUCAGAGCUGGACGGACUUUUCAAGGCUUCAUCUUUCUAAUAAACUGGCCAUUUUCGGGAUCGGUUAUAACACCCGUUGGAAAGAGGAUAUCCGCUACCAUUAUGCUGAGAUCAGCUCCCAGGUGCCCCUUGGCAAACGACUCCGGGAGUACUUCAACUCCGAGAAGCCCGAGGGGCGGAUCAUUAUGACCCGCGUGCAGAAAAUGAACUGGAAGAAUGUUUACUACAAAUUCUUAGAGAUCACUAUCAGUGAGGCCAGGUGCCUGGAGCUGCACAUGGAAAUUGACUGGAUCCCCAUUGCCCACUCCAAACCAACUGGUGGCAACGUCGUUCAGUAUUUAUUGCCAGGAGGCAUUCCCAAGAGCCCGGGCCUGUAUGCCAUUGGCUAUGAAGAAUGUCUGAAGAGGCCCUCCUCCCCCCACAUGGAGCAGAGUUCCCUGGACCCAGGAAAGGAGGGCAGGGUUGACCUGGAAACCCUUUCCGCACCCAUAGAACCCGCCCGGAUCACCUACUGCUACCUCGGGAUCGCUGAGGUCAGGACUCUGCAGCAGUGCUUGUUUUUACACUUCCAAGCCAAUACCAAAACCUUCAGCAAAGAUUGGGUUGGUAUUAAUGGGUUUUUGUCUCAGAACUGCAUUGUGGAUCCCGGAGUCUCCCCCAAAUCCAUCUACAUCAAGUUUGUGGAAGUAGAGAGGGAUUUCCUUUCCGCGGGCUCUUUAGUGGAGUGCCUGGAAAAAGCCAUCGGGUACCGCUUAAAAUUUAACAACUGAAUGUCAUCCUUCAUAAGGAUUUGGGCUCUUCCCUCCCCCUUCUCACUUCCCGUGACCCAGACUGUCCCUCAUCCAGAUGCUGCCAUCAGACUCUCCGUGGAAACUCUUUCCACCGUUGGGCCAGUACAAUCUUUAAAGGAUCACACUAGACUUUGAGCAAACAACACAGACCUCACCGAAAAAUGCUCACUUGGAGCAAACGAGAUUUACAGCGAACUUGCAUGGUGGGUCGACUGUUUUUUAAAAACAAAACAUUUUUAAACAGAUAUUAGAGCCCUAAUAUAAACAAACAUAGCUACAUUCCAUAUUGGACAAAACUUAUACUUUGAGUUUCAUAUAAAAUUGAAAAUUUGUAUUUUUUCCACAACGUUUCAUUUUUACACAUCUCUAUGUCUCUAUAUAAGUAUUAUUUACAACCCUGAAUAAAUAAGCAAUAGAUAAUGGCAAGUUAAAUCUCGAGUCACAGUAAAUAAGACUGUUUUUCAGUAUCACCUUUAGCUACUAUUGUAUAUAAUUUAGAGUUUCAUUUUUUCACCAACCCAGUGUUUUGCUAUUCCCGAUCAGUGUUGCCUGCAAGACCUUUGUUUCUGUGAUGUACCAACUUGACGGUUGUGUUGCCGUUUAAACUUUUUUUUAAAAAAAAAUUAAAGUAAUUCCUGGCCUCUU